AUGGAUCCAUACUAUGCUUCACCUUCCUCGUACUACUAUCAGCCUUCAUGCCCUGUGCAUGAUACAUCUUCACCAUAUUUAACCGAUUCUUAUAUUGAUCCUUACUCAUCUUAUCCAUGUCAGUCGACUCCAACAACACCCUAUUACUAUCCGACAUACAAUGAUCAAACAUCAUCACCAAUGGUUUUCUAUAAUAAUUCAACAACAAAUAUCUAUGCUCAACCAACAUAUUCAAUGCCGCAAACGAAUGUUCAAAGUCAACCAAGACAUGUGCAAACUACUCAACCAACAUCAUCAUUGAAUACAACAUUUGAAUCAGUUCCACCAGCAGGUCGUCGUCGUCGUCAACGAACAAUAUUUACUAAAGAUCAAGUCGAUAUACUCGAUCAAGUUUUUGAAAAGAAUCAAUAUCCUGAUAUUCAACUACGUGAACAACUUUCUGAACGACUUGAUGUUCCCGAAGCACGCAUUCAAGUUUGGUUUAAAAAUCGUCGAAGUCGUGCUCGAACAACAACGUCUACUAAAUUAUCAUACUAA